GUCAGACAGUGGCCCCGGUGUGGGUCGUGUAGGCCUGCCUUCGCCCUCUGUUUAUUUCAUUUUAUUCUUUCUACUUUUACUUCAUGACAGACGCAAACGACGAGGAUAAACAGACAUGUGCUAGCCUUCAGUUGGAAGAAUGGGAGGUCUUAGAGUCGAUCUACCCGGACUGCGUUUCGAGCGAUCCUUCAAAGGGCGUAAAGUCCCUGGAAAUACCCAUAGAAUUUGGUGAAGAACAGACGGUGAUAGUUGUUGACGAUGAAACCAUGGGAUCGACCUCAUUAACGGAGGAUCAUCAAACCGCACGCUCAGAGCCACAGGCACUCUCCCUCUCAUCAUUACCUCCAGUCCUCUUGCAGUUCAUUCUUCCGGAGACAUACCCAAUGUCUUCACCACCAAGUAUUAUGUCGCUGCAUGCGACAAAUUCGUGGCUUGCGAGGGCGAAUCAGUUGCAAAAGAUGUUGGAGGAGAUGUGGCAACCAGGGGAGGGCGUGCUGUAUACUUGGGUGGAGUGGCUACGGAACGCAGAUUUCCUUGGUACGUUAGAUUUGUUGUCGGAGGAUGAAACAGGACGUGAGGUUGUUAGACUUUCUCAUCCUGCGCCCCACGUCCUCGCCACUCAUCUUAUCAAUAACGAUGUCCGGUCCAAAUCCUCACAAUUCGCUCAAACAUCCUAUACGUGCUCCAUCUGUAUAUCGUCGCUCAAGGGUGCUCGAUGCUUACAGCUAGACUGCGGCCAUGUCUUCUGCCGGUCCUGCCUCGAUGAUUUCUGGUCGAUGUGCAUCACGGAGGGUGAUGUGGGAAGAGUUGGGUGUCCGUCGCCGGAUUGUGUGAAAGAAAGCCGUGAAGUAGGGGAGGAAGAGCUGAGGAGGGCAGUCACUGAGGACAAGAUAGUGAGAUGGAAGUGGUUGAGGCGGAAGAGGUCGCUUGAGCGAGACCCAUCCGUAAUUCAUUGUCCGAUGUCGGUCUGCCAGGAGCCCGUGCCGAAGACGGAAGCAAUGGGGUCAGAGGGUUCUGGUUGGGAUAGGCUCAGGACAUGUCAAUCAUGCGGAUACUCGUUUUGUUCAUUCUGUAGACGAACCUGGCAUGGCCCAAUCUCUGACUGUCCAAUGCCAGUAUUCGAGCAAUUCGUACAAGAAUACAUGUCGCUCCCCGAAGAGUCACCAUCACGACGAGCGCUAGAACAGCGGUACGGAAAGGCAAAUAUCGCUCGUCUUGUCUUGAAAUAUGAAGAGGAGAAAGCAAAUAGAGAGUGGCUAGCGAAAAGCACUAUGUCGUGCCCGAGUUGUCAAAUCCAUGUAGAGAAGAGUCAUGGGUGUAAUCAUAUGACCUGCGCAAAGUGUCGCCAACACUUCUGCUACCGAUGUGGCGACAAACUAAACGGAAACAAUCCCUACCUACACUUCUCGACCCUGGGGACGAGGUGUUACUCGAAGCUCUUCGACUACGAGAGCGUCGAGGACGGAUGGCAGCCGGUGGAAGGAUUCGAUGCUGUGUUCGAUGAGUAGGCAUGAUGGAUCCAUUUCGUGGCACCUUGGGAGUGAAGGAUCGGGUGAUGCGCGAGGAUCUCAUGGAUUCCAUUCUUCCGUGUCAUACACUAGGGUUCGAGGUUGCACGCUCUCAUCUUUCGUGGUAUGUUUACCGUUCAAAUGUUUCCACCUCUGCACAGCACAGAUCACAUUAGGCUGCAGUGUGUGGCUGCUGGGUGUAACAGUAACGAUCCCAAUAUCAUCAUUUUCCGUAUGUUAACGGGAAA